AUGCAGCCUUGCCGGCCCCUUCACUCUGCUGGAACAGCCGCAGCAAAUAAACAGCGGCCAGCCACCCUCCCCACAAGGCGGCAGCAGCAGCAGCAGCAGCAGCAGCAGCAAUAUCCAGCAGCAGCAGCAGCAGCAGUAUCCAGCAGCAGCAGCAGCAGUAUCCAGCAGCAGCAUCACCAUCCAGCACCAGCAGCACCAGCCCAACAGCAGCAGCAGCAGCAGCAGCACAGCAGCAGCACAACACCCGCAGCAGCAGCAGCACAGCAGCAGCAGCAGCAGCAGCAGCAGCAGCAGCAGCACCUUGUUGUGGAGAAGGACGGAGCAGCCGGGUUCGAGGAGGUCUUUGUCGACAAAAGACAAAAUGUUGACAUAAUAUUCUGGACCGAUGGAAGAACUGACAAUGGCGUGUUGGUCGUCUAUGAGUUCUUCGAGUGUACCGACACUCAACGGAGAGCCCCGCAGCUCGUCCACACGCGACACUUCCUCCUGAGACGCAGGGUUUAG